AUGGGAGCAGAUAAAAAACGCCAACGCGAGGACGGCCCCGUCGAGGCCACCACCUCUUCCACCGACCAAUCCUCCUCCAACCCUAACAAAAGACCCAGAGUCGACAAAAACCGAUCCCUCUUCGUCCGAUCCCUCCCCCCAUCAGCCACCAGCGAGUCCCUCACCAACUUCUUCUCCCAACACUACCCCGUCAAACACGCCACCGUCGUCCUCGACCCUAAAACCAAAACCUCCCGCGGCUACGGCUUCGUCUCCUUCGCCGACCCCGAAGAUGCCAUCGAGGCCAAGAUCAAGCUCAACAACGAGCUCCUCGACGGCCGCAGGUUGAGGCUCGACAUUGCCCAGCCCCGUCUCCGCGAUGCCGCGAAGGUUAGCACCGAGGUCGCUGCAAGAGUCGUCACCGAAAAGCGCCAGCGGGAGGAGGAGCUGGCUGAGCAGAGAAAGGCGCCCAAGCUUAUUAUUCGUAACUUGCCUUGGAGCAUCAAGUCGUCGGAGCAGCUUGCCAAGCUGUUCCAGCCUUUUGGCAAGAUCAAGUUUGCGGAUUUGCCCAAUUCGAAGGGGAAGCUUUCUGGUUUUGGGUUCGUCACGCUUCGGGGUCGCAAGAAUGCAGAGAAGGCGUUGGAGGCUAUCAAUGGCAAGGAGAUUGACGGGCGGACGGUGGCGGUUGAUUGGGCGGUUGAUAAGCAGACUUGGGAGCAGCACAAGGAGGAAGAGGAGGGUGGUGAGGAGACCAAGACUGAGAAGAAGAAGGCCAAGAAGGCGAAAAAGGAGGAGGAGAAGGAAGAGGAGGAGGACCCGAACAUGACACAGGAGGAUCGCGAUCUGGCGAAUUUCUUCAAGAAUUACGGCAAGAAUCUCGAGGAUGAGGUGGAGGAUGAUGAUGAAGAUGUCAACAGCGAGGACGAGGACGAAGAUGAUGACGAGGAGAAGGAUUCAGACGAGGAGAUGGACGAGGAUGGCGAUGCCGAGUUUGAGGAUGCAUCAGACGACGAGGAGGAAGAGGCAGAGCCGGAAAAGAAGCUGUCCACUGACAACUCCACCACCGUCUUCAUCCGCAACCUCCCUUACACCGCCACCGACGAGCAGCUUAAGGCCCACUUUGAAACCUUUGGUGCAGUCAGGUACGCUCGCGUGGUCAAAGAGCGCGGCACCGACCGGCCCGCGGGUACUGGAUUCGUCUGCUUCUUCAACCACGACGACUAUGUCUCCUGCCUCAAGGGCGCUCCCCGUCGCCCUGCCCCCACGCUGGCCAAGCACUCCGUCCUGCAGGACGAAACCCUCGACCCCGAGGGAACGUACACCCUUGACGGCCGUAUCCUCCAGGUUGCCCCUGCCGUUGACAAGAGCGAGGCUGCGCGGCUGCAAGAAAUGAGCGCGUCCAAGAAGGACAAGGACAAGCGCCGUCUUUUUCUGCUUCAGGAGGGUCAAAUCCCCGCUAGCUCGCCCGUUUUCAAGACGCUCUCCGAUCAGGAGAUCAAGAUGCGUGAGGCGAGCGCGAAGCAAAGGAAGAAGCUUAUUGAGAGCAACCCGGCGCUUCAUAUCUCGCUCACCCGCCUGGCGGUAAGGAAUAUUCCUGCUAAUAUGGACUCUAAGGCCCUGAAGGCGUUGGCCAGGGAGGCGGUGGUGGGUUUUGCGAAGGAUGUCAAGGAGGGGAAGAGGGCGCCGCUUUCGAAGGAGGAGAAUCUCCGGGGUGGUGAGCAGGAUAAGGAGGCGGAGAGGCACAGGAAGGAGAAGGGGAAGGGGGUGGUUAAGCAAGCCAAGAUUGUGUUUGAGACGGUGCAGGGGAGCAAGAUUGAUGAGAAGAAGGCGGAGGGAGGGGGGAAGAGCAGGGGGUAUGGGUUUAUUGAGUACACCUCGCACCGCUGGGCGUUGAUGGGGUUGAGGUGGCUGAAUGGUCAUGCGAUGAAGAAUGAGGCGGGGAAGACGAGCAGGUUGAUUGUGGAGUUUGCUAUUGAGAGAUGCGAAUGUUGUGCAGAGGAGGAGGCAGCAUGA